AUGGAGGCCUCGUGCUUGGAAUUAGCUCUGGAAGGAGAACGGGCGUGCAAGGCGGGGGAUUUCCCUUCCGGAGCCACCUUCUUCGAACACGCAGUCCAGGUGGGGACGGAGGACCUAAAGACCCUCAGCGCCAUUUACAGCCAACUGGGCAACGCCUACUUCUAUCUGAAGGACUAUGCCAAAGCUUUGGAGUACCAUAAGCACGAUCUCACGCUGGCCAGAACCAUCGGCGAUCGAAUAGGAGAGGGCAAAGCCAGCGGUAAUCUUGGCAACACGCUGAAAAUCCUGGGUCAGUUCGACGAAGCCUUGGUUUGUUGCCAGAGGCAUCUGGACAUCUCGCAGGAGCAAGGAGACAAGGUGGGGGAGGCCCGAGCACUGUAUAACAUUGGCAAUGUCUACCAUGCCAAAGGCAAGGAGGCGUUGUGGUCCCUGCCCCAGGAGGAACCAGGCCAGCUGCCCCAGGAGAUUCAGGAGGCUCUGCAAAAGGCAUCCGAAUUUUACAAGAGGAACCUUUCCCUCGUGAAGGAGUUGGCUGACAGAGCUGCGCAGGGCCGGGCUUACGGCAACCUCGGCAAUGCCCACUACCUGUUGGGCAACUUCACCAAAGCGAUCGUCUUCCAUAAGCAGCGGCUGAACAUCGCUAAGGAAUUUGGAGACAGAGCCGCUGAGAGGAGAGCAUAUAGCAACUUGGCCAACGCUCACAUCUUCUUGGGGAGCUUCGAUAUUGCCGCAGAGUAUUACAAGAAAACCCUCCAUCUCUCCAGGCAGCUGAAGGACCAAACAGUGGAAGCUCAGACAUGCUACAGUCUUGGAAACACGUACACCCUUCUUGAAGACUACGAGAAGGCUGUGGAAUACCACCUGAAGCACCUGGCCAUUGCCCAGGAGCUUGGAGACAGAGUGGGAGAAGGAAGAGCGUGCUGGAGUUUGGAGAAUGCUUAUGUUUCACUUGGGAAGUAUGAACAAGCCUUACACUUUGCAGAGAAACAUCUUGAAAUCUCCCAAGAGAUUGGGGACCCCGCUGGCAAGGUGACAGCAUGCGCAAACAUUGAACAGCUGCGAUCGAAGUUGGGCUCGGAGCAGAGCGGGGAGGGCACUGAUGCCUCAGUUUCUCCUGGAUAUGAAAUCCAAGGAGCCAGGCCAAAGUGGGCGCAAACAAACAGCAUGAACAAUCUUGAGCUCCUGAGGUUCCCUUCUGAAAAGGAUCAGAAUGGAGAGACUCUUCACUUAGGAGACCUUGGAAUAACUGGGAAAGAUUCCUUGCCUUUCUCUGCUAGCUCCCAUAAAUAUCGGCAAAACACAUCAUCGUUGGAGGGUUACAGUGAUUCUCCUUUGGAAGCCAGUGAUGUCGAAGUGCAGGUAUCCCAGCUGAAAAUCAAGCGAGCCCCUUCCAGCGAGGACUGCUUCUUUGAUCUCCUGAGCAAAUUCCAGAGCAACCGGAUGGAAGACCAGCGGUGUCCUUUGGAGGACUCUCAGAGAGAGUCGGAUGAAGCAGCGGCUACCCCUGUCCCUGCCCUGGAAGAGGCACAGACUCAGCCCAUGGCCUCCCCGCAGACUGAGGAGCUCUUCGACCUCAUUGCCAGCUCCCAGAGCCGGCGGCUCGAUGACCAGCGGGCCAGUGUGGGAAAUCUGCCCGGCCUACGCAUCACGCCCAGCAACCUGGGUCACCUUCGCAUGGAUGGCGAGGCCCAGGAACCUGGCAACAAAUUCUUCAACAUGCUGAUGAAAUGCCAGUCCUCCCGCCUGGAUGACCAGCGCUGUGCCCCGCCCCAUUCCGUCCCCCGUGGCCCCACGGUGCCCGAUGAGGAUUUCUUCAGCCUCAUCCAGCGGGUCCAAGCCAAGCGCAUGGAUGAGCAGAGGGUGGAUCUGGCUUCAGGCGAAGAAGACCAAGCCGAGGACUGAGCACCAGAUCACCAGCAAAGGGAGGGACUUCAGGAUGCUGCCCCCAGCUGAAGAUCUGGGCCGAGGCGCUCAGGGCAUUCCUGGGGGAGGGGUGGGGGGGCAAUGCCUCCCUUCUGCUCUUUCUCCCCCUGGAGAAGAUGGCACAGGCGAGGGUGGCGAGCAGAACGGGUGGGCACUUUCUGCCAACCAAGAGGCCUGUGGGCCAACUGGGUGAGAUCGGCAAGGGUGAGGCAUCUUUUCUGCUUGAACAUCGACUGUGAAAACCAGGCUCAAGAACUGAGGAAGGGGAAGGUCUGCACCAAGAGGGUCUGGAUCGGGGCCACGCUCCAAGGGGCUGCUGGAGAGGUUGACCCCCCCCAAGUCAGGUUGAUUUAUCUCUGUGCCUCUUUAGGCCCGUAUCCUGUGCCAAAUUGUCAGCAGCCGACUUGGGAAUAUGAAAUUGAUGACAAUCAGUGACUUUGUGUAUGUGUGUGCAAACCUUGCUUUCAAAAUAUGUUUUUUGGUGCCCUUUUAUCUCAGGUGCAAUCUGAUGGUAGUUGGAAAGGUGUUGGAGGGGAGACAGAGGUAAGAAAACAUCCAGGGGAAAUUGGGUGGAACACAUAAUUACAGUUAGCCUUUGAUUUACGGCCACAGUUGGGUUCAGAACCGUGUCGGGUGGCCGUUUUGCUCAGCGACUGCAGUCCUGGCUCACCCAGUUGUAGUGCUUAGACAGGUUAUUAAGCACAGCUGGGGAGGGGGCUCAUGGGGUGGGGGAGAUCCAGUGCAGGCUAUCAGGCUGCCCAGCAUGGAGAAAUCUUCCGCAGGCUAGGCCUGUGUCGGCUACAGGGCCCACUUGGCUGAUUACAGGAUCUGGCACCUCUUGUAAAUUACUCCACGCCAUUCAAAGGGACAAUAAAGUUAUUCUAAGUCUAGUUCUUAAGUUACUCACCUUUCUUAUUCUGCCUGAAAUACGGUAGAUGGGUGGGGGUAGUUGCCCCAGUUCUUAAAACAAGGUGGGAUGUGAUCACUUUGCUUGAGCCACGGUGGCGCAAUGGUUAGAGUGCAGUACUGCAGGCUACUGCUGCUGACUGCCUGCAAUUUGGCAGUUCAGAUCUCACCAGGCUCAAGGUUGACUCGUCCUUCCGUCCUUCCAAGGUGAGUAAAAUGAGGACCCAGAUUGUUGGGGGCAAGACUGUAGAGGCGGCUGUGAAGCACUGUGAAGCGGUAUAUAAGUCUAAGUGCCAUUGCUAUUGCUCAAAGCCUGCAAGCUCAGCACUCCUGCUUGUUAAGAUCAUUAAGUGGACUGAAUCCCAAGUUAGAUGUGCCAGGGCUGUCUCAGGAAGGCUGGGGAAAUCUUGGGAUGGCCGAGGAAGGCCGCGCAACACAGCAGAUGUGGGUUUGUGUCGGGCCCACUAGGGUUGGGAGGUAGGCCUGUUAACACACAAGUCUCUCACUUUUGCCAUUUAUUUUCAACUAUGGUCGGCUGUGUGUGGCAAGGCCUUCUUACCGAGGUUGCCUUGCGGCCCUCUCCAAGUAGUCUCCAUUCCCAUGAUCCUUCAGAAGUUCUUGAAGUUUUGCAUGCUCAUUUCAUGGGGCAGAGAUGGGGUCAGGAAGAGGCAGGUGGGGGAGCUGCAGGGCCCUUGUGGGUGGUCAUAAGGUCAGGCAGGGUGCGGAGUGUCAAAUGUUCAUUACGUGGCCACACGGACAAUGGGCAUAACUUCAGGGACGGGUUAUGUCCCUUCAUUCAGGACUGCCAUAACGAAUGGUUAAAUGUGGGUUACCUCGAUAGCUAUUGCAGCCAUCCCAAAAAUAAUAUUUUUAGUAACCCAUUGAAGGAUUUUUCAGGCAAAACAAUAAAGUUUUUAGCCAGAUUCUGGCCCUCUUUUAAUCUGAUUUCCUUGAAGGCAGGAGUUUUUUUUUUUAGUUUUUUUUGGGGGGGUUUUUUGCUUAUCGUGGACAGUUGGUUUGGAGUUUAUUCCUCAAUUUAAUCAGCAUCUGUAGAAUUAGACAAAAGUUUGUGGCCAUUCCCCUGGGCAAUUGACUUGGAUCUUUCUUCCUGGUUUUUCUACUUGUGUGGUACUUUCAAAACUCCUGCCUUUUGAAGAGAUAUUCUAUGAUGCCCCCCUCUAAAAAAAAUUAGGAGUUGGGUUGCAUGCUGCAGCUCCUGAAAGCAUCUUCCUUUUCAUAAAAUGUAUUGGUUGGAAUAGCUGCUCCCCAAUUUCUGAUUCUUUUGCCUUUUGAACAUCUCAGAAAGAUUGGACAACCUCUCAAGAAACGCCCAGGUCUCCAGUGUGUUUCCAAUCCUUUUUGUAGUCUGGUCUCUUUGCUGCCACCCAGAACUGUCCUGAACCACAGACGAAAACCACAGAAAAGGUCCCUCUGCUUCCCUGUUUCCAUCCCCUCCAAGUUAGAUUAACGGAAGGACCCAGGUGGGGGAUUGUGCACCUUCCUGGCUGAGAAUAUCCCAGAUAAAUUGUCUCUUCCGCAAAAGCAUCUUUGAUCGCAUCCUACAAAGCGUCCAGUGGUGCCCUGACUCCGAGAGGGUUCCAGGGGUCCCAAAUCCCCCUUCCGGGCAUAGCCACAACCGGAAAGCCUGUCUCCUCGGAGUCCGUGGGCAGGGAGGGAGGCAUGGUGGCUGCUGGGACAAACAGCCCCACCCUUUCCUUCGUGCCACAGUUAAGGGUCUCCGUGCCGGGAGACCAAAGCCCCACUCCACUUCUCUGCUGCAGAGGGGAAGGUCAGCUGGUGGAGAAGGCCAGGCCCAUCCCUUCCUCCAGCCUGGGGCAGAGCAGCAGAAGAAAAGCUGUUGCGGGGAUCAUCUUGGCUGGUAUACCUGAAUGUAUCGCUAAUUUAUUGUUUUUGUAGUGUGAUUUGUGGAAAAGGCAGGUGGGGAAAGGAAGCGAAGAGAUUUGAUUGUUUCCCUUCCAUCUGAAAAGUCAAAAGAGCUGCCAAACUAAUUCAAAAGUACAGAGAUCUUGGAGUAGAGAGAAAAAAUAAAGUUGUUGAAUCAA